ACCACUGCCGUCUCGUCCACAUGUUUUUUCCAAUUUGCAGAGGCUGCACAAUUUCGCUAUAAUGACACCUUAAUUUUUUUUAUACGCAUACACGUCAAAGAGUUUAUGAAUUUGUGCAUUUCCAAAAUGACACACUGCUGCUUCCUAUUUAUCUUAUGUGUUAGCAGAUUGCUAGCUUGAUAAGAACCAACGUGUUCUACUUCGACGACCGUGGAAAAUCACCAUCCCACAUGGCUUGCUACAUCCCAGUCAGGCAACUUUCAACAGUUGGACAGGUGGKGGUGGACAUAGAAUACCUACACGAUGAGAGUGGAUACGUGGUAGAGGGCAGUGACUAUGCGACCUCCAGUGACGUCAUGCUGAAGAAGGAGCAGAAGGACGUGGAGCUGGAUAAAAAGAUUGAGGCUCUCCGCAGGAAGAAUGAAGCCCUCAUGAAGAGGUACCAGGAGGUAGAGGAGGACAAAAAGAGAGCYGAGGAGGAAGGAAUGGCACUGCAGAGCCCCAAGGGCAACGCAGGGGACUUAACCAUCACCAUCAACAAGUCUACCACCGAGCCUCGUGUUGUGAUGACCAAACCAGGCACGUGUGGUUCUCCCARCCCAAAGGGGGUCCAGGACCUUGGGGAGAGGGAGGCGGAGGGGAACCUGCUGGGCUCAGGACGGGGCAGGAGGAAGCAGCUACUGGUCACCAUGGCUGGCAACACAAAGGGUAAGAGGGUGGUGAGUGAGAGGCUGGAGAGAAGGCCAGGUCCAGGUCCCGCCAGUCUGCUGAAUGUGAAGAGCCCUACAGAGGAUGGCUUGCACCAGCACCUUGUGGAAUCAGCAGGCAGAGGAAAACACCAGCACACUAACACAGCAAAGAAGGACACAGGACCACAGGAUGAAGGGGGGCAGGGAAAGGGUGUGACAGAGGAGCGUCACUGGCUGUCAGAGUGUGAGCCUUACUACCAGAAGUCUGAGGGGCCAGGCCUGGCAGGCGACACAGACCUCACCAUCCCCACGUCCAAAGAGGAGCAGCAGGAGUACCUGCACUGGAAGAAGGAGCGUGAGCAGAUCGACCGGGAGCGCGUGGCCCGCCACAGAAAUGCCAAUGGUCAGUGGAGGCGGGCGUGGGACAUGGACAAAACAGAGAAUAUGUUUUCAGAUAAAUCUGAGGAGAGAGUACAGGGGCCUCCAGAUAGAGGAGGAAGAAAUGCAAGGAGAGGUUACCCCAAAUCAAAUGCUGAGUCACGGGUUCAGCAACCACGGGGAAGAGACAAGGGGGUUAAAAAAGUGCCAGCGGUCAGCAGUAAAGCCAAGGGCAAGGAUCGGCUGACUGGGAGGGCCAGGAGAUGGGAUGCCAGCYAGGAUGGGGAUGGUUUGCAGGCCUCCGAGACAAGUUUGGAYGAAUUCUUAGAAGAGUUUGAUGCUUUGGGUGGGCCUGACGUAGACGACUCCACUGCAGAAACUCCAGAGGUCAAAGAUGUUUACCUCAAAAUUGAGUCUUUCCUGACCCCGGAUGUGGUGAAGACCGAGYAGGUGAGUGGACCCGUCAGUCCUGCCCUGGACCAAGCCGACUGGUUUCAAGCCCCAGCCGACACCUCAGAGGAGGGUACACCCAGACAGGAGAAGGCUAKGGAAUCGUCCCCUCGAGCUGCAGAGAAGAAGGUCCGCUUCUCGGUGGAGCUCAAGGGGCCCGGGGCCUACGAGCAGCCCAGUACGGGAGCCCAGAACUCUGCCCGCUCAGAAACCAAGGGAGCCAGCACUUUAAAAGUGUCCUCCCCCAGCAAAAACAGCUAUGAGGUGGAGAAGCAGGCCCCCGAGGGCCCUCCGAAGGACGCUGGUAAUGCCCUGGACCAGGGUAAUAAACCUGCUAAAGCUCUCCAGGCACAAAGCUCAUCGGAUSGGCAGACACCGGGGCAGGAGGGCUCUGAGCUUGCCGAUUCCUCCAAAACAGAGUGUGCUGAAAGCGGCCAUGACAGUGUGCCCACCCCUGUUUUUCCCACUUCACACAGCAAUGUCAAAGACGCUGCCCCUCCACAGGAGAAUGCUGUCCAGCCUUUAGAACAUGCUAAGAGCAAUAGCAACAGAAAUACAGAGGAACUGAUUGACUCUAGUCUGUCUGUUCUGAGGCUGGAGUCAGGAGAGACUCACCCAACCCACACCACCAGCACUGACAAGGCAAGAGAAAAUGGGAAGAUUGUUUGAAGGACUUUCAACGUUUAUAUGAAUUAGUCAAUAUGUAAAACCAAAACAUGCUUAAGUAGAGAAUUUACCAUAAGCCUUUUCAGUUUAAAGUGGAACUCKCAGCACUUUAACUACUUUGCAGAUAUGAAACAGACAAUCAUAAUAUCAGUCAAAAAUAUCACAUUCCCAGUUCAUGCUACAAAACCAACUUUUUAUAAGAGGUUUUAAAAAUAGGUUCUAUUUGACAAAAAAUUCCAUGACGUAGAGUAAGGCAUUGUUGGCAGAAUAGAUGGAUGCAGUUCAAUGRAUGAUUCAUAUAAUUCACCAAUACAUUUCAUGG